AUGCCCGCUUACGCAGCAAACACCUACUACAAGUCCGCCGCUCACAAGUCCAACCUUGGCGUAUUGACCGAGGCGCGAGCCACCAAUAUCGAACUCGAUCAUUCUGAGAAAGAUGUCACGACGAGGAGUAUCUCUUUUCACUUCAACAGCGAGUCAUUGACUGCCAAGGCUGGAAAGGCAGUCGUGCUUUUGGCUGGUACUCUUCUGGUCCGCCAACUUCUUGAGCCGAGCAGCAUUAACAGUAGCAAUGUAUUGAAGAAUCUCAAGUUUAUUCUAAAGGCCGACCUCCCUGGAGUUGGGGAGAACUACCAAGAUCAUGUUUUGGUUUCGACUACAUACGAAGCAAAGAAAGGGGUCAUCACCUACGACAACCUUGGGUAUAACGAUACCUUUAGGGCAGCUGCCGAAGCUCAGUAUGAAAAGACUCAUGACGGGCCACUUGCCGCUUCUAACUCCAUGCUAUCAUGGAUCGACCUUCACUACCUUGCUAGUUGUGGCAAGAUUACGCAUAUGCACAGGUCGCUGUGGGAGGACGUGAGGAAGUACAAAGCUACGUUGCUUCAGAAGGAGCAGUACAGGAUCCAAGAGCUGUGA